AUGGACAAUCCGUAUACGACUGACGACCCCGAGCAGUCCCAAGGCUUGCACUAUCAAUCACACGACCCAAAUUCGUUCGAACCCCUCUACAACCGUCUCACCCAGACAACCGCGGCCAAUGCCCAUCGGGGUUGGGAUCAUCCGGGCCUUGAAGAGGAGCAUAUUCAGCCGCGCCGACAAAUGGGGCGGGGCCCUUACGAUCAGAUGAAUGGCUACUCAGGUAGUAAUCAGACCGGAUCGGUUGCCGCACAGUUGAAUCCAGGACCUGCUCUUGGGGCCGAUGGAUAUCGCCGGGCAGAUCACUACGCACAACUCGGGUCUAACUCCUCUAACCCCGCCGGUUUGGGUGACAAUCGUUUCAAUCGACUCGAUCUUCAGUCAGACCAAUCCGAUCACCUGCCACCGAUGAACGUACACAUGCAGCAGGCAUCCGUUCAAGUGCCUGCGCAAGGGGCCGCCCCUGGACCAUUACCGAUGUACCAAAUGACACGCGCACCGGCAACUGCAAGCAUCUCGUCAAUCCAUCCAGUCACACCUGCAACAAGCACCCCUGUCCGACCUGCGGGGAGCGCACCGGGAACUUCCGGAACGUUGUCAAUCCCCCCUGUCGCACCUGCAUCAAGCACGCCUGUCCCACCGGCGGGGACUCGCCGGCCAAAGCGGUCAGCAGAGCAAAUGCGCCUGGCAGGAGUAAUCGCGGCCGAGAAACGAGCCAGAAAGGCCCAGAACAAAGCCGACAAGGAGGCCGAGGCGCGUCAUAGGCAGACAGCAUCCGCGGCCAAGAAGAUGCUGAAGGCGCAGGCGGCGGCAAAUGUGGCUCCUCGAGCGACUUGGUCGGACGAACAGACCAUUGAGCUUUUGAACUUUGUGCGCAUGGUCAAGGAGGACCAUAGUCAAACACGGGUCACCGGGGGUUUCAUUCCUUUUGGUAAAUAUUUCGCUGCAUAUACCGGCCGCGAGGAGGCUUUUCCACUACUGGAGUCGGUCCCUACGGCGGCACGACUGGCCCGAUACCGCGCGGUCAUGGAUAAGUGGAAGGUUUGGAACUUGAUUCUGGACAUGCAUGGAGAUAACCCGGCUGCGACAGGGGCUGGGUUGACCUCGUCUUAUGCAGAAUACGAGAGUCUCCUCGCCGAGGCUGUUCCGUUGGGCAGUGCCAGUGACUCGUCAUCAUCAGACAGUGAACAUAGUGAUCUUCCUCAGGGGGAGCCUACCCGCCGACCGGGUCGACAGACCAAGUACCAGCGGCUCUGCGCCGGUCUGACGCCCGCCGAACUAGCUCUCGACUCCGCUUCAGACUCCGAAUCGGACCUGCCGGAGGCUCUCUUGCUCCCGAUGGGCGACGGCACGCGGGUGGGGCCCACUGGGGGUAGCCUCCUGCCAACGAGCGGUCCGCCAACCCCUGGUGAACCAGUGACGCCUGCGACCCCCCCUGUGGUCACACGUAAAUCAACCAAGGGCAAGGUGAAAACGCCUCUGUCAAAGGCACCGGUAAGCCGCCCUCCGGCCGAUGGCGGGAGUGUCCCGCGUCGACGUGGGAGGAUGGAAGACAAGCCGAAAGAAGACGACUCGGCGGCCACUGGAAUGAUGGUCAUGAUGCAGAAGUCACAGGACGCAUCGGCGGCUUGGGCCGCGCAGGAUCGCAAAGACCAGUUCGAUGAGCGGGCUCGUCAGGAUGAAUUACGAGCAAUCAAGAGAUCGGAACGCCAUCGGAUCGAGGACGCUCGGGCUAACGAUCGUGCGGAAGACCGGCGGGCCGCCGAGAAGCGCGAGGAGGCUAAGGAGGAGACCCGCCGGGCCGAGUUCUUGCAGGCCAAGGAGGAGCGGGAGCUCCUUUGGGAGCAGUUGAAGGUCGAGGGGGAUCUGGCCGAUCAUCAGAUUUGUAUGGAACGGCAGGCUGCCGACCAACGCGCACUCGAUGCCGCGGAAGACCGCAAGCGGGAGCGAGAAGAGGCGGUAACCCGCAAGGCCGCAGAGGUGAAGCGAGAGGAGGAGAGGGAGGAGCGCGCGGAGAAGCAGCAGCAGUCUCGACAGCUGUUUGAGCUGGCCAUGUUAAGGGCCAUGGGGAUGUCCAUAGAGCAGCCACAUGUUCCGCCUAAGUAG